AUGUCUGUCCAAGCUUCCAGCGAGACUUCCGGCGAUAUCUUUAAGGCCAUCUCCACCUCCAAGCCAAGCUCGUCGUUUUCACAGCAGGCUUCCACGGUUUCUGUUCCUUCAGGGGUGACCAAAAAUGGUGCCGUGCAGACAAAUAACUUUUGGGGAAACCUGACUCUGGAUGACCAGACCUCAUACGUUUUCACACAUCCAUAUUCGAUUUGGUACUCCACCAAAACGAGCUACCAGGGACUCGCAGUGUCUCAUCAGACUGCAGCACAAAGAAUCUACGGAGACACAGACACAGAAGGAGCAGCUUCUUAUUUCUACGCUCCAUCUGGAAACAUUUGUCUUUGUCUUGGCUCCACCGACUUUGACGACGGAACUUCCAUCAAGCUGGCCAAUUUGAAGAAAAUGUCCAUCGAUGUGACCAUUGCUUCCAAGAGCGCUGGCUCGUUGACCGCUUCGCUCGUCCAAGGUAUGGGAUUUGUCUCUGCUGUUUAUAACGACCUGAUCCCAGAACUCCACUCGGGAGUUGGAAUCAAGUCUGUCAACGGUGACACUGCCCCAAGAACCGGAACAGACAAGUACAAGAUUGUCUUGAACGACGGUGCCACUUGGGUCAUGUACGUGACGUUCACUGACAACCAAACAUGUUCUUUCGCUUUGAAAGACACCAACACCAUCGUUGGCUCAAAUUCCAUCAACAACUGUGUGAUCCAGAUUGCUUGUGGAGAUGACAGCUCCUACGACAAGGCUGCUGGUUGCUAUCCGACCUCUUCAACGUUGUCGGCCUCGAUCUCCGGCUCCACUGCCACCUACGCAUUCGAGUAUGCCACCUCUGGCUCCUCCAACAGUAACACCACCAUCAUGUAUGCCAUGCCUCACCAGGCGGCUUCCUUCACCUCCACCACGUCCGAUACCAAGACCUCGGCCACUCUGGACGACACCGUCCACGGUUCCAUGACUGCCUACUUGACCAACAAGUUUGAGAUGUCCGAGUCGUUGACCACAGCCAUUGGUAAGGACCCAUGGAGCUCCAUCUCCGGCUUCUCCUCGCCAAACUACUCCGACUCCGAGCUCAGCGCCAUCAAGUCUGCUGCUGCCGACGAGUACGGAAACGACGUCUACUCUUAUUCCGACGUUGACUCCAUGUACACGGCCGGAAAGAUCCUGGACAAGUACGCCUACGUUCUUUAUGUGCUUCACUACGUGCUAAAGGACAGCGACAAAACCAAAACUCUUUUGGCCUCUUUGAAAAAAGCAAUUGAACGGUUCAGCGGCAACUCGCAGCAAAACCCAUUGUGCUACGAGACAAACUGGGGUGGAAUCUGCUCCACCGGUGGUAUGUCCAAAGGUGAUACUUCUGUGGAUUACGGUAACGCUUUCUACAACGACCACCAUUUCCACUACGGCUACCACAUCCAUGCUGCUGCCAUCUGUGCUCUUGUGGACUCCGACUUGGGCGGAUCGUGGAUCGACUCUGUUAAGGACUGGGUCAACACUCUUGUGAGAGACGUGGCCAAUCCUUCCAGCGACGACACCUACUUCCCUGUGUUCAGAAACUUUGACUUUUAUUUGGGCCACUCCAUUGCCCACGGAAUUACCGUCUACGCCGAUGGAAAGGACGAGGAAAGUAGCAGUGAGGACUACAAUUUUGCUUACGGUAUGAAGAUCUGGGCCCAGGCCAUCAACGACUCCAACAUGUCCAACAGAGCCGACCUGAUGCUUGCCAUCACCAAGAGAUCCCUCAACACCUACUUCCUGUACACCCAGGACAACACGGUGAUGCCAUCCAAGUACAUCAAGAACUACUGCAGUGGUAUUUGGUUCGAGAACAAGAUUGCUCACACCACCUAUUUUGGAACCAACAUCGAGUACAUCCAUGGUAUUCACAUGAUUCCAAUCACUCCUGUUUCUUCUUUGAUCAGAGGUCCUACUUUCGUCAAGGAAGAAUGGGAGGCUGUUCUGAGCUCGAAAAUCGACAGUAUCACCAGCGGAUGGAAGGGUAUUUUGAUGCUUAACGUUGCAUUGUACGAUCCAUCCACUGCAUACAACUUCUUCAGUGGAUCCAGUUUCUCCACCGACUACUUGGACAACGGAAUGUCCAAGACCUGGUCGAUUGCCUACUGUGCGGCCAUCAACAACUGA